UCACCCGGGCUUGCCUUGCGCAAGGUGGCCCAGGCAGAGCCUAUAAAGGCCCGGCCCGCGGGCUUGGUGCCAGUGGCACCAUGGCAGCUGUGAGGGACACGGCGCUGCUGGCCUGCAUCCUCUUCCUCGGGGGCACGGCGCUGGUGGCCACAGAACAACCAGAAGCAGAGACCAAAUACGGCAGAGUCCGAGGGUUCCAAUUCAAAGUGGACACAGCUGAGAGGACUGUAAAUGUCUUUUUGGGACUUCCUUUUGCCAAGCCUCCCGUUGGAUCUCUGAGGUUUUCUGAACCCCAGCCACCUGAGCCGUGGGAAGGUGUCAGAGAUGCCACUUCCUACCCACCAAUGUGUCUACAGGAUCAAGUACUAGGACAAUUUUUUUCAGAUCUGAUUACCAACAGAAAAGAGAAAGUUGCCCUGCAAGUGUCUGAGGAUUGCCUGUACCUAAACGUGUACACACCUGUUUCUACAGGAAAAAAGGAGAAGCUGCCUGUCCUAGUGUGGAUCCAUGGAGGUGGAUUAGUUUUUGGAGCAGCUUCAUCAUACGAUGGCUCAGCAUUAGCAGCCUUUGACAACGUGGUGGUUGUAACAAUUCAGUACAGAUUAGGUAUUGCUGGAUAUUUUAGCACUGGUGAUGAGCAUGCCCGAGGUAACUGGGGAUAUUUAGACCAAGUGGCGGCUCUUCAGUGGAUUCAGGAAAAUAUCAUGCAUUUUGGAGGAGAUCCAGGAUCUGUCACUAUCUUUGGAGAAUCUGCAGGAGGAAUCAGUGUUUCUGCUCUUGUCUUAUCUCCCCUGGCCAAGGGCUUGUUCCACAAGGCCAUUUCAGAGAGUGGCGCUGCACCCAUGACCUUGUUUACUGACCAGCCUAAGGAGGAAGCACAAAAAAUUGCUGCUAUCUCUGGCUGUGAAAAAUCCAGUUCAGCUGCAAUGGUUGAUUGCUUGAGAGGAAAAACAGAAGAAGAACUACUAGAGAUAACACUGAAAAUGGACAUGACAGCACUGCAGCUCUGCAAUGACACCUCGCCUGAAAAGUGCAAACAGGAUUUCUUUUUCAUCAGUACAUGUGCAGAUGGUGCAUUUUUUCCAAAGAGUCCCAGGGUAUUACUCUCUGAAAAAUCCAUCAAUGCGGUCCCAUACAUCAUAGGAUUAAAUAACUGUGAAUUUGGAUGGGUAAUUCCUGUGAUGAUGAAAUAUCCUCCUUUUGUGGAUGGUCUGGAUAAAGAUGUUGCACGUCAAAUUUUACAGAGCAACUUAGCAGUAUUCAUUAAGGGCCUUACAUCUGAAGUUGUUGACAGAGUGUACCAGGAGUACAUGGGGGAUGCAGAAAGCCCUGCUCAGGUCCGAGAUGGCCUCCUGGAUGCAAUGGGAGAUGUCUACUUUGUCAUCUCAUCUGUGGAAAUGGCCAGAUACCACAGAGAUGCUGGCAACCCAGUCUACUUUUACGAAUUCCAACACCGGCCGAGUUCAGCGGAAGGUUUGGUACCAGCGUUUGUAAAAGCAGAUCACGGAGCUGAGAUUUCCUUUGUCUUUGGAAAGCCAUUCUUAGCUGGAGGUGCUACAAAAGAAGAAAAUGAACUUAGCAGAACUGUCAUGAGAUACUGGACCAACUUUGCUAAAAAUGGAAAUCCCAACGGAGAGGGCUUGGUCCAUUGGCCUCAGUAUGACCUGGAGGAAAAAUACCUGGCAAUAGACCUGGAGCAAAAGGCAGCAGAGAAACUGAAAGAACACAGAGUGGAGUUUUGGCUACAGCUCAUGAAACAGAGUCAGACUGGAAGGAUAAAACACACAGAUUUAUAAGAGCCAUGGAAGGCACAGUUUGCCUUUAAAACCCAAAGGAAAGACAAACAAAAUGAGUUUGUCAGCAUAAUAAUCAUCUUCAGAGUAAUAAUCACCUUCUAACUUACUGUUGUGUAAUCUGCUGUCCUAAUCACAGUGAAGGGAGAGAAACAAGGGCCAUUCAGAAUGUUUGUCAGACUGAAAAUCACUAUUUAAUGAAACAGGCAGAAAAAAUCCCCCCCCCACAAUCUUCCCGGUCCAGACAGACCAUGGUACCUCCUCAGUGCUUAUCAAAACUGAAUACUGAGGUGGGAAUGGGAAAAAUGAACUGAAAUCAGUAAGAAAUGAUCAAUACAGAAUGUACCAUAGGUGUCAGACUAUUUUGUAUGCUUGUUUCCUUCUUCUUUCAGAAGAGCAUGGUCAGUUGUCCUUCCUAGAGACUCUUUCUGCUUUCUUUAACUGGAAAUCGCUUGUAGGCAGCAGAGCAUCCAUCAAACUACAUCUGUGAGGUGGCUUGACAUCUCACAAAAGAGGACAGAAAAUCUCUCUCUGCUUUAUUGCUUUGUGAAUUGUUAUAAAUAAAUGUUGCUUUGAUUUUUUGGAA